AUGGGUCAAGCUCUAGCAGUUGUCGAUGUCUCGCCCGCUCACGAAAGGAGCGAGGCUACUGAAGAUAAGAUCCUCGCCACCCCCGUUGGCUUGACGGAGCGCCUGGCAAAGCUUGAGUCGUCGCAGCGCGUCUGCGACGAAGAUGAACGGAUGCUCGGCGCUGUUGAAAGUGGCAUGUUUGCUUCCGCCCUUGACGCAAACAUUUGCGGUCGACCGAUGACCAUCGAUGCGCUUGGGUCUCCGGAGCAGAAGCCAGCUUACCCGGCGCGAGCGCCAGCGCCGAACGAUAGCGUGCCGAUGUUUUCGUCCUUGGCACCACCGCGCGGACAAGCGCCGCCCCAGCAACGAGUACCCGCGCAAGCAGCAGCAACAGCAGUAGGAGCCCAUCAGCAAGCAAGAGGGGUGGACUACAUCUCGAAACCGACUUCUAGCCAGUGA